UAUCUACUCAUUCGUUCCAGAGUCUCACACGCAUUCGCAGUAAGCAAACUGGAAUCGCAAUUACUCCACCGGUAUCGCUUUAUCCGUCGCGUCGUCUCGAAGCUUUUUGAAGGACGCGUCUCGUAGCCGCAAUCAAAAGGCGCGAUAUAUAACCGAUAUCGCAUUCGUUAACCCGCUUAGUCCAAAAGCGCACGGCGGAACGCGCGCCAUGUCCCUGCCGAAGACUUCGUCAACACUUCUACUAACAUUCUUCUUAGUCACCGCCAAAGCGACUUUCACUUUCCACAAUGUUUGCACCACCGAUGCCGUUCAGAAUUCGACCAGGAAUGACGUGCGCGCGAAUGGAUUUGAAGCGCGGCAAAAUGUUAGUGUUGCAAAUGUUGCUGUUGAACAAGUGCCGAUUUUCGAUGUGCUCGACCUGUGGGCGAGUUAUCCGAAAGUGAUAGUGCCGACCGAAAGUGAAAAUGUUAAGUGCAAGAGCCAGAGCGAGCGCUUCUUGCGCGCGCUGAGGCGACGGGAAAUGUGGGCAUUGAAAAUGUUCGACUCGAGCGCUAAGUUGCCCGCGGGCCUGCUCAACGGUAAUGUCAACCAGUAUGGGGACUUCGAUCAAUGUCUCUCGAUUUCGUCACAAGAAAAUUCGGAUAUGGAGAUAGUACAAGGCAAAUAUUGCUUAUCAGAAUUGGACAUAAGAUUGGCCACAGAUCAUCCCCUGUUCGAGAUCGACCAGCUUUUACAUUCGCUGUAUUUCUUCGAUAGUGAGUUUAAAGAUAAACAAGUGAGAAACGGAUGGUACGUGGCUCUAUCGAUUGCUGCAAUAACUUUGUUCCUUCCAUUCCCUGUAGGACGACAGGGUUAUCAGUACAACCCUUUGCCUCAGGCUUGGUUUGCGGCUCUGGCGCCCCUGACAUGGGGACUUUUCCUGUGGUGGAUCAUACUGGCGGUCAGGGAAGGAUAUGCCGGAUUAUUAUCUAAUUUUCUGCGUUGGAAAGGCUUCAGAGUUUUUUCCAAUAUUGCUUAUGCAUUAUAUUUAACGCAGUUCCCAAUUUUCUUCUAUAACAUAGGAAUAGCAAGACAACCUAUGCAUUAUAACUUUUUACAAGUCUUUCCGUUGGGUGAAAUGACCUUUAUAUUCAUGGCAUCAAUAGCAAUGGCAUUGCUUAUAGAAUUUCCAUUCUUGGAAAUAAGGAAAAUCAUAGUCCAAAGAAGUAAAGAAUCAAGAAAUGGCCAUAUAAAAACGAGUUGAUUUCCUCAAACAAUUUUGAUUUUCUUAAAUUAAGGAAAUCUAAAGAUAUGUGAUGAAACAUAAAGUCCAAAUAUAUCUCUAAUGCAUAAUUUACAG